CCUACGAGUACAGCUUUCUGCUGACUGGACUUGUUUCCUCCCAUCUCUCGAAUCUCGUAGGUCUGACCACCCCGUUUCCUUCACUCUCCAUCGCCUCCUCCAUCCUCCACGCUUUUUUUUUUCUUUUCUCACACAGAACUUGAGUGAGUGAGUGAGUGGGCGAGUGAGCGAGCGAGCUUCCGCCAUGUCUUCUCUCCAGGAUUUGCUGAAUCCGGCAUCUUCUGGUCCGUCCUCGCCCGUCUAUGCCCGCAACGCAACUCCUCCUCUCCCAAGGCAGCUCCCACAGACGAACACCCAGGAAGCAGCGAAUACCUUAACGUACUUUGCGAACAUUCGUGAGCACAGGCAACUCAGUCCCCAGUCAAAUGCAGAAGCAGCGCCCCAUGAAUCCUCAGAUACGGAUACUGUAGAAUCGUCGUCUCCGGUUCCUCCAGCGUCUCCUAGAAGGAUACCUGCGGGGUCCCCGCUGCGAAACGUGACGGCGACUACUACGACAAAUGGCUACGGCCACAGUAGCCCGAAUGACAGAGAUGCGAUUGGGGAACGGGAUGAGGACUACGAGAUGGGUAUGGAAGGUGGUGUUGGUGUCAGUCGUGGCGGCGUGAGAGCAGAAUCGGAGAGAGCCUCCUCGGCAAACAUGGAAAUUCUGCGGUCUUCACCACCAGCUACCUCUGCCUCUCCCCCGUCGACGUCUGCUCCCACGCCUGCUGAUACAACAACCGUCAACACACCCGCAGCAGGGACUCCAAUUGCGACCACGACGACCAUGCCACCGAAAUCUAAGAAGAACAAAGUGGCUAAAGCGCCCGCUCCCAGAAAGAAGGGCGUUGCGAAGCUACAGAAAAAAAAGAGAAAAGCAGUAACCGAUGGAGACGAUGAUCUUGAAGACGAAACUACCCCAAAGAAGAGACAGAUUGCGAAAAAGGUCGGGAAAAAGAGGGAGAGCGAGGCUCCCUCUGGAUAUAAUACGGAGACGGAUGACCAAGAUCCAGUUACUCGGGCUACGUCUGUCAAGAGGGAUACUACCCCUCCAUGCCCUCCUUCUCCGUCUAUUCCUCCUUCGCCUUUGGAGAGAUACAAUUCUGCUGGCUUAGAGCUCUACUGCAUCUGCCGUGAGCCUGAUUCUGGAAAGUGGAUGAUUGCUUGCGACGGUGAAUGUGACGACUGGUACCAUGGCCCAAGGUGCACCCACAAAGGCUACGGCCGCACAACCUGGAAGCGCAAAUGCCGCCUAACAACCUGCCGCCGACCAGCAGACGUAUCCAAGCGCCCCCCCUCAAAGUACUGCAACGAUGCCCACGGCGUCGAGUUCUUCGACCUCCAACUCGACCCGGACCGAACCCGGUACACCAGCUCGGAGAUCAAGGCACUGACCUCCGCCGUCACUAGCGCAGCUAGUUUCCGCCGCCUGGGUGACCGCAUGCCAACGCCACCUCUCUCGGACGAGAACUGGAAAGACUACCCCGAGGAAAUCGAACGCCUGGAAAAAAUUGCCCAGGAGAAAGUAGCCCUCAAGAACCGCGCGGAGGCGAACGAAGACCGCGCCCUGUACAUCGACUGGGCCAAAGACCGGGCGAAGCGCGUGCACGAGGAAAUGAAGGCGGACCCGGAUGUCAAGCACACGGGCAAGGAGAUCUGCGGCUUCGAUGAGCGUCUUGCGCUCGACGAGGGCGAGUGGGAAAUCUGGCGCGCCAGUGCCGAGGGCAAUGCAGUCUUCGACAACCACCGCAUCGACGGCCGCGACGUGUGCGUGCGGAAAAAGUGCGAGCGGCACGCUAACUGGCGAUCUAUUUUCGCGGAUGAAUCCCAGUUACAGGGCCGUCUUGUCAGCGAGCGCCUCGUCCAGCUCAAGCACGAAGAGCGCAAGAUUAAGGACCGACAGAAGAAGAGGAGUAUCCGGGAUUCCAGGGAGGGCGUGGUGGAGACCGGGCCUUGGUUAUGUUGAGUCGAGUUGGUUCUUGUCGUUCCUCUGCCGGAUUUCUUGUCUGUGACAUUAAGGGUUCAAUUGUGCGUACAAACAAAAGUGGAUUUUAUUCUUGUUUUUGUUCCUUCCUCCACAAGUAUCAUAUGCGGUAUUACCUUGCCUCACCGUUCUCUCCUUGUCACUUAUUUGCCCUUUUAUUAUUAUUUUUAUCCUCGUCUUCCUUUCUCCUCCUUUUGUCUAUGCGUCUUCGUUCACAAAGUCCGGUAUCGAUUCCAUCUCACGAUGUGCAUGACAUGUCAUGACCUGUUAUGGCUUAUUUCUUUUACUAUCAUCGAUACUUUGGUAUCUUGGGUCUGGGUAACGCUGUUAGUUUGUUCGCCUUAUCACUUGUAGGUUAAUUUACUUGCGGUCGUGAAUGGAGCGUGCUUGUUUUA